AUGGAUCAACCAGUUGUCCGCCACCGUCUCGCCAAAUGUGGCGCACAACUCGAAGCACAAUGGGCGUGGACAGAAAGUUUCGUCUACUCCAUGGUCAAACUACCAAAGAAAGACGCCGAUGUCGAGCUCGGUGGCCUCACAGCUGCCGCCAAAGCUCAAGCUGGUGUUGUGUUGAUGGAAUGUGCUCAAUGUGCGGUCUUGCUCUUUGGCGGCAAUGGAUUCACUAGAUCGGGACAAGGCGAGAUCGCCGAGAGUGAGUCACCAGUUCAGAUUCUUGAGAUGUUGAAAAUGCUGACGGCGAACAGAANNAUGUGGAGAGAAGUACCCGGCAACCGCAUCCCUGGUGGAAGCGAAGAUGUCUUGUUUGAUCUGUCGAUCAGGCAAUUGGUUAAGAACUACCAGAACAAGACAAAAAUGCUCGAGAGACCUCGUGGAUCUUCGAAGCUUUAA